AUGAAACUCAUCAUCGAGCCAAACUCUUCGCCCUUCAACGCUUUCGACGCGACGUACUCCGAUGAAGAAGGGAAGGUGUUGUAUAAAGUGAAGAGCGCGGGGAAGUAUUCGGAGAACAAGUAUUUGAUUGAAAAGGCGGGUGAAGACGGGAAAGGUCAGCUCGUGCCUUUUGCCGAAAUAGAGAUGUCGGGUACAAGCUUAAAAUCGGACGUGCUAAGGAUUUUGGUGGGUGAUUGGCAGGUAAACGCGGACGAGUACCUGAAGGAAGGAAAGUAUGACUCGGAGAGAACGUUUGUUGCGCCGGAUGGGAAGGAGUAUAGAUGGGAGAUGCAGUCUGAUCGUUCAGAGCUCUGCUUGAACGACGCAUCCAAGACUCUGAUGGGCAAGUACCACCGCAAGAAAUACGGGAUCUUCCACGACAAGUCGCCUGCGUAUUUUGAAAUCCAGCCCAGCGCUGAGGGGAUUGUGGAUGUCGUGGUCUUGACGUAUGUAUAUAUGGAGUGCUUGAGGCAGAAGAAGAGCGACGAGGAUUUGGAUAAUGCGAAUCGGAUUAGCGCUAUGGCGGUUGUUAGUGGGUCCUGA